CGGUGCCGGGGGCUGGCGGUUGGCUGCGCCGGCCGAGGGUUGGGGAGGGUCCCGGCGCCGGCGGUGGGGGCGGGUCCGGCCUCUGCCCGGGCCCCGGGAGGCGGUGCCGGCGGCCGGGAGUGCGCGGCGGUGCGAGCGGCGAGCGGACCAUGUACACCAUCACCCGCGGGCCCAGCCGGCUGGCCACGCAGCGGAGGACGGGUCCAUCCCAGCAGAUCGAAGCCAAGCCCGGCUGCGACCUGAAGCAGAAGCCGGCGGGGAGUAGCCCGGCGCCCAAGCUGGUGUUUAACCGAGUGAAUGGGAAACGUUACCCGACGCCGGGAAUCAUGGAGGCCAGGGAGGAGGAACACACACCAGCUCACGAGGAGAAUGUCCGGUUUGUUUAUGAAGCUUGGCAGCAGGUGGAAGAGGAGCUUGGGGCCAGCCGGCGACCAGAGAACAACCAGAGUCCCUGCGGGACAGUGGAGUAUGUGGAGAAAACACCAUGCCAAAACUUGAACAACUUUGUGCCGAUCGACCUGGAGGAGUGGUGGGCGAAGCAGUUCCUGGCCAACAUUCAGAACUCGUCCUAGAGCCAGCUGGGAUUGGUCAUGUCUGACUGGAAAACAUCGGCAGCCAGUAACACUUGGAUUUCUUCAGAUCUCUCCCUCCUCUCGCAGUGAUUUACAGAGUGAAGACGUUUCUGUAAAACCCAAAUAAACUGAGAUGCUCGGCAGUGA